UGGCGGCGCCCGUGAGGAGAGGGCCCUGAGGCGCGUGGAGCAGGUAGUCGCUAUGAAGCAGGCGCUCUCCUCCUCCGCGCCUGGGAAUGGCCGGGUCCAGACGAGGAGGCGAGGGCGGCGGCAACAGCCCCAGAAAGCGAGGAACUUACAGAAACUGGGGCUGGCGGUGCGAGAAUUUGUGGAAGCGGCGGCGGGAGCCGAAGGCGGCGGUGGCGGCUUGUUGGCCCUUUCUCGAGCCCCGCAGCAGCUCCAGGCGGCGCUGAGCAGCCGGAGGAACCGCCGGGAGCUGAGACGGGAGAAGCGGAAGCUGAAGCGGGGCCGGCGGCGACGGCUACUGAACGGCAAGGAAGCGGCGGAGGCGAUAGCGGAGGUGAAAACCCCUCGGCCUUCCCGGCCGGCUUUGGCAGUUUCGGCCGGAAAGAAGACUAAGAAGCCGCAGACGCAGGCCCCGGAGCGAGGGAAGCGUCUCCCCGCGGCUGAAAGCCGAAAACCGCGAGGCGAAGGCCCGGCACCCUCCGCCGCAGCGCUCGCGCGCAAGAAAGCCCUGCUCGCAGCCAACGAGGCGGAGGAGCGGGAGAUCCGGCGGCUGGAAAGGCAGCUGGGGCUCAGGAAGCGUCGGAAGAAGCAGCGACAGCAGGAAGGGCCGGGGGAGGACGCGGCUCUGCCCCAAAGCUUCGCCAGGGACGGGCUGGGAUACGUGUUGGGAGCUUUGGAGUCGGGGACUGGUUUCUCCGCCCUGUACGAGAGCAGCGAGGAAGAAGGAGAGGAGGAAAGGGGGGGAGGAGGAAAGGGGCCUGAGGAAGAAGAGGGGUCGAGCCUGGAGGAUGAGGGAGACCUGAUGGGCGACGGCGACGAAGAUUUGGUUAUGGAGGAAGAGGUGGAUAUGGAAGAGGACCUUGAGGAAGAGGAUUUGGCUAUGGAAGAAGAGGGGAGGAGCUCAGAAGACUCGAGCGUGGAAGGAGAUAGUGCAAGUAAAGAGGAAGAAGACACAACCCCUGGGUUUCAGAGCGCGGUGGCUGGAGCCAAGGAAUGCACACUUUCCAGGGAUGAGAAGGAGAAUCUUUGCCAGCGCGCUACAAAAUAUAUUCCCCCUCAGAUGCAAAGAUCUGAAGAGACUCUAGAUACCCAAAAGAGGGAAGAAUUGGAAAGGCUAAAGAAAACAUUGAAAGGUCUAAUUAACAGGCUGAGUGAACCAAAUUUAGCCUCUAUAAGUGGGCAGUUGGAGGAACUAUACAUGGCAAAUAGCAGGAAAGAUAUGAAUGAAACAUUAACAAAUAGUAUCAUCAGUGCUUGCGUUGCUGCAUCAGUAAUGCCUUCUAAACUGGUGAUGGAGCAUGUUCUUCUGGUUAGCAUUCUUCAUCGGAGAGUGGGAAUUGAGGUUGGCGCUCACUUUUUGGAAACUGUGGUGAGGAAAUUUGAUGAAGUCUACAAAACUGAGGCUGAAGGGAAAGAAUGUGAGAAUUUGCUUACCUUAAUUGCUCAUUUGUAUAACUUUUAUGUAGUUCAUUCAUUGCUUAUCUUUGACAUCUUGAGGAGGCUUGUAAGCAGUUUUUCUGAAAAGGAUAUUGAGCUAAUUCUGCUGCUGCUGAAAAAUGUGGGCUUUUCCUUGAGGAAAGAUGAUGCUCUGGCACUGAAAGAACUGAUCACUGAGGCCCAGAAAAAAGCAAACGCAGUAGGGAAGGACUUCCAGGACCAGUCAAGGGUUCGCUUUAUGUUGGAAACGAUGCUGGCUCUAAAAAAUAAUGACAUGAGGAAAAUCCCUGGUUAUGAUCCUGAGCCUGUUGAGAAGUUACGAAAACUACUAAGAACACUGAUUCACAGUAGCAGUUCUGGGAAAGAAGCUCAACUUCGUGUUUCAUGGGAAUCGCUCCUAAAUGCUGAUCAGGUCGGCCGUUGGUGGAUUGUUGGAUCAUCUUGGAGUGGUGCUCCAAUGAUUGACAGCACCGGCAGCACCAGUCAACAAACGCUACCAAUGGGAAAGGUGAGUUCUAAAAUUCUGGAGCUUGCUCGUAAGCAGAGAAUGAAUACAGACAUCAGGAAAAAUAUAUUUUGUAUCUUGAUGACUAGUGAAGAUUUUUUGGAUGCAUUUGAAAAACUUUUAAAACUUAGGCUUAAAGAUCAGCAGGAAAGAGAAGUUGUCCAUGUCCUCAUAGAUUGUUGCCUACAAGAGAAGACCUAUAAUCCCUACUAUGCACAUUUGGCUGCCAAGUUCUGUGAAUAUGAAAGACGAUUCCAGAUGACAUUCCAAUUUAGUAUGUGGGACAAAAUCAGAGAUCUGGAACAUUUAUCCUCUGCAGCUUUCUCCAACCUAAUCAAUCUCUUGGUUCAUCUGUUAAAAACUAAAUCUCUUUCCCUUACUGUUUUCAAGAUAAUUGAAUUCAGUGAAUUAGACAAGCCAAAAGUCCACUUCUUACGACAAGUGUUAUCUGUACUGCUCCUAAAAACAGAUCCGGAAGACCUCAACCACAUCUUUGGAAAAUUGGCCAACAACCCCAAGCUAGCAAUGCUUCAUGAAGGUUUGAAGCUUUUCCUUACCCACUUCAUGCUGAAGAAUAUUCAAGUUAACAAAAGUGUUGAAGAAGCCACUUUACUGAAAGAGAGAGUGGAACAAAUAACUAAGACUUUGAAAGCAAAAGAAUCAAGCUUAAAGCUAUAGCGUCAAGUUAUCAGAUCACCUGUGUGGAAAAUGGGACAAUUGAAAGCUAACAGUGUUGAAUGUGGCAGUUUUUAAUAAAUUGGAAACUUCAUGUUCUCAACUACCUGGACUUGAGUUAGCUUUGAUACUCAAACCACCUCUACUCGUUUUUAAAAGGUGUACAUAUAUAAAUGGUAAUUUUUUACCUAGUAAUUUUUUGCCUUCUGUUAAAAUAUAAGACAAAUUACCAGUGAAACCUGAAUAUACAAUGUAAUUCUUAAAAAUAAAGUUUUAUUACAUUUGUA